AUGUUCGGGUACGAGAUGCACACGCAGCGCGCGCCGAUGGUCAAGGGGGCCGCGAACGCGCUGUACUUCUUCUUCGCCGUGCUGAGCGCCGAACUACAAAAACUGGCGGAUGCGCGCGUAGAAUGGAUACUGUACUUCGACGCAGACGUCGUGCCGUUACAUCCCGGCUCGCCGCUGGACAUAGUUCUGCCCCUGCUGGACGACGUGGACGCAUCCGAGACAUUCAAAGACCUCAUCCUCAUCCUGCCCUCCCCCCACACUAGCGCAGCACCCUCUCUAUCCCCAACCUGGAUGCACAUCAGCCCGUCCACACUAACCCUGCUAACCGCAGCCACACACUCGCUCUCCACGCUCACCCCAGCAAGUCAAGACAUGGCCACGACCGCGCUGCAAACCGUCCUGGGCCAAGUCGAGUGGAAGGGGCGCGUCGCGUGGCAGUCUGCGGCGUGGUACGGGACGUGCCCCGCAUCCGAGUGGGACGGCGGUGCAGAGCAGACGAGUGCGAUGUUCGCGCAGCUGGGGGAGGGUAGUGCGUUUGAGAGGGAGAAGCGAGCGAGGACGUUGCUUGCGCGUGCCGAAGCGGGAAGGGAUGAUGGGAAAAGGGUCGAGGCGAUGCGGAGAGAAGCGUCGGAGUUUUGGGCGCGCGAGCGGCAGGUGCGCGAGAUGGGAUCAGGAGAGUAG